CUUGUGUGCACAUUGAUCUUCACACGUCUUAAUUCUCAAAUACGUGCAAGCAAGCCGCUCUAUUGAGAGUUCGGAAACUCCGAGCCGAGUUGGUUAAAGAGCCGAGUUAUGGAUACCUUCCGUAUUCAUUUUAAUGUUAAGUCCUCCAAUUACUACUGUGCCUUGUUGAAACUCUGCAUAGAAUCCCGAAACCAAAUCCAAGCGAAGAAGCUCCAUUGCCAUAUAAUCAAAACGUUGACAUACGUAGAAACCUUCCUAUCAAACAAUCUCAUCAAUUCCUAUAGCAAAUUAGGCAACAUAAAAUAUGCGCGCCGCAUGUUCGAUCAAAUUCCUCACCCCAACCACUUCUCUUGGAACACCAUCCUAUCUGCUUAUUCGAGACAAGGUCAUCUCUUGGAAAUGCAAUUGAUCUUUGAUCGAAUGCCAGCAAAAGAUGAGAUGUCGUGGAAUUCUCUUAUUUCUGGGUACGCGUCUCAUGGUUCUCUUGUUGAGUCUGUGAAGGUUUAUAAGCUGAUGUUUAAGAAAGGACCCACUAAUUUGAAUCGGAUUACAUUUUCGACAAUGCUCAUACUGUCCUCGAAUCAUGGAUGUGUUGAUUUGGGUUCGCAGGUUCACGGACAUAUAGUGAAAUUUGGUUUCCAGUCAUAUCAAUUUGUGGGUAGUCCUUUAGUGGACAUGUAUUCGAAAAUGGGGCUUAUUUAUGAUGCAAAGCGGGUUUUUGAUGAGAUGCCUGAGAAGAACGUGGUUUUGCAUAAUACCAUGAUCACAGGGCUUUUGCGACAUGGGAUAGUUGAAGAUGCAAGGCGUUUGUUUCAGGGUAUGCAUGAAAGAGAUUCAGUUUCAUGGACAACAAUGAUAGGAGGACUAGCACAAAAUGGGUGGAGUAGAGAAGCAGUAGAGGUUUUAAGAGAAAUGAGGUCAGAAGGUUUGGAUAUGGAUCAAUUUACUUUUGGUAGUGUCUUAACGGCUUGUGGAGGUCUCCUGGCUCUGGAAGAAGGGAAGCAAAUUCAUGCUUAUAUAAUUAGGACUGAUCAUGAAAACAAUGUCUUUGUGGGUAGUGCUCUUGUCGACAUGUAUUGCAAGUGUAAAAGCAUAAAAUAUGCAGAAGCAGUUUUCAUGAGAAUGACCAGUAAGAAUGUUGUAUCAUGGACUGCAAUGCUAGUGGGUUAUGGUCAAAAUGGAUACAGUGAGGAAGCUGUUAGGAUUUUCUGUAAUAUGCAGAGAAAUGGGAUUGCACCGGAUGAUUUUACUCUGGGGAGUGUAAUUAGUUCAUGCGCAAACUUAGCAAGCUUAGAAGAGGGUGCCCAAUUUCAUGCUCACGCGGUUGUCUCUGGCUUGAUCUCUUUUAUUACUGUUUCCAAUGCCCUUGUUAGCCUUUAUAGUAAAUGCGGAAGCAUCAGAGAUUCCCAUCGAAUGUUCAAUGAUAUGAAAAUUAGGGAUGAAGUAUCUUGGACUGCAUUGGUUUCAGGGCUUGCCCAAUUUGGAGAAGCCAAAGAGACGAUUGAUCUGUUUGAAAGAAUGUUGGCCCAAGGUUUAGAACCUCAUGAAGUUACUUUCAUUGGGGUUCUUUCAGCUUGUAGUAGAGCAGGAUUAGUGGAGAAAGGACAUCGGUACUUUGAAUCAAUGAUAAACGAACAUGGAAUUACACCACUUCCUAUUCACUAUGCUUGCAUGAUUGACCUUCUCAGCCGAGCUGGAAGGUUAGAAGAAGCAAAAGAUUUUAUAAAUAAGAUGCCUUUCCAUCCUGAUGCAAUUGAUUGGGCCACAUUACUGAGUUCAUGUAGAUUCUAUGGUAACAUCGAAAUUGGGAAAUGGGCAGCUGAGACACUUAUGGAAUUAGAGCCCCAGAACCCUGCAAGCUACAUCUUGCUGGCAAACAUUUAUGCUGCACUGGGGAAAUGGAAGGAUGUGGCCCAAUUAAGAAGAGGAAUGAGAGAGAAGGGAGUGAAAAAGAAACCUGGAUGUAGUUGGAUCAAAUAUAAGAACAGAGUGCACAUUUUCUCGGCAGAUGACCGGUCAAGUCCAUUUUUGGGUCAGAUAUAUUCUGAGCUGGAGAAGUUAAAUUGCAAAAUGGUAGAAGAGGGAUAUGUUCCAGAUAUGAGUAAUGUUUUUCAUGAUGUUGAGGAGUCAGAGAAGAUAGAGAUGCUUAACCACCAUAGUGAGAAGCUUGCGAUUGCCUUUGGGUUGAUUUUUAUUCCUGCUGGCCUUCCCAUUCGUGUAUUUAAAAACCUUAGGGUCUGUGGUGAUUGCCACAAUGUCACAAAGUACAUUUCUAAGAUUACCCAGAGAGAAAUACUUGUAAGGGAUUCUGCCCGAUUCCAUUUUUUUAAAGAUGGAACAUGUUCAUGCGGUGAUUUUUGGUGAAAACUGAUAUAAGACUUCGUUCCACACAUAAUACUUGCAUUGAGAUUAAUCGGAGCUCAUAAGUUUGUUUUGCGAAAAUCAACAAUUGUGGAAAGUGCUUUGUAAUGUAGAAAAAUUACAAGUUAUGCUCUUGCGAUUUGAACUCUCAAGAUUUUAAAUUAAUCAAGCCCCAAGUAAGAGAAUCAUGUCAACUGAAGAAGUGAGCUCAUUCUGAUUGGGGAGCACCAAUAUGGGUGAGCCAUUCAUUAUAUUCUAAGGCUAGGUAAAACCAUCUACUCAUUGCUAAACCUAGGCCAGGAGUGACGCAUGAGCAAGUCUUCGAACUCGUGAUUGAGCUAAACGCUUUUUGUUGGCAGUGCGUGUUUAUCUUCGUCAUCACCAUCAUCAUGCCACUCAAUGUCUUCUCUAUUGGGAAGAAACUCAGAGAUGACAAGCCUAUUUUUUCAGCAAUAAUGCCAUUAGAUACAUCUUCAUAAGCUAACGAGGAAUCUCUAAAUUUCUUAGAAGUAAGUAUUUUGGUUACAAUCAUAUGUAUCACUGGCAUAAUAUUCUGUGUAAUUCCACUGGAAAUUUAACAGUUCAUCAAAAUGAA